AUGGCCGAGCAAGCUCUUAUCAAGGAGGAGUCGAAGGAGUUAACGAUGACGGAGAAAAUUCUUGUCAAGGAGGAAUCGAAGGAUAUUGUGGAGGAGAGUCGCAAGGAGCGUGGAAUUCUCCUCAUCUCUAUCAAGAACAUCUACAAGGAUCUCGACCGUCGUUGUGCCUUCCUUCGUGCCCGUUCUCCGUUCCCGAACGGAUACAUGAAGGUGACCAAGAGAGAACUCAGGACAUCGAACAUCGAGAAACUCCAUAAAGUCAAGGCUCACUAUGAGGAUCUGCAGGGAAAACUGAUGAAGAUCCAGAAGGAAGAAUUCCCGAGAGUUCCGAUCUUCUAUGUCGACACAAGUGCAUUCGAGUGGAGACUUCAGGAGAUCUCAAGACGAGUCAGAGGAGGACUGCUGACCUUUCUUGAAGCGUUGAUCAAGUGA